AUGGACAUGGACGUGCAUCCAUCAGGGCUGCGGAAAUCUGCCCCGACACCACUCACCGCGCUCUCACCGUCCGGUGAGCUCCUCCUGAUCGAACUUCAAGGAUCGCUCGAGAUCGAGAAUUCUUCUCCUACCGGCAACCAGAUCCUCGGCACCAUCAGCUUCGAUCCCACACGACAGGAUCGACCUGUACUUAUGAUUUCGCACCAUCGACUUGAAGGAAAAUUCGUCAAUUUGGUCAAACCGUUGGCAGUGUUAGAGAAAAGGGUUCGCGAGGACAAGGUGUUGAGCGAUGUGGCGAACGGGAAGAGGCAAGGUGGGGAGGCGGUGGGAAAUGUCAAGAGAGCAAAAAAGGAGGUGUCAGGGACAAGAGGCAGUUCACCGCCGGUAGAGACGAGAGCGAAGGACGCGCUGGAUUUCAGCUCUUCACCACCGAGACAGACUCCUAUCAAGUCGAAAAUGGUGAGACAUGUGUCUGGAUUGGAUGGAAUUGAUGAGAAUGUUCCUGGUCCAGGCAACAGCUCAGAGCAGAACGGCAGGAAGUCGGACCGUACAGGCGAGGACGAUGAGGAUGAAGAAGAGGAGGAAGCCCAAACAGCAGUCUACUACGAUGUAGUCAGCGUGAUCAAGCGCAAGAUUCUCUUUUCAAAACGUCCCGAACCCAUCGUUCGGCUCGACACGUCUCCGACUGCUGUCCGUAUCAAAGGGGCGUCUUCAUAG